UAGAAGCUAUAAUCCUUACAACCAAAGGUUCAUCUCAGUAUCAAGAGGAGGCAGGUAAAGCUCAGCAGCAUGUGGCUCAGUCUUGUGGUUCUCCUCCCUCUUUUCUGGAAAGGUAUCACAGGCCAGAUUCCUCUCUAUACUAUUGAAGUGAAUUCCAGUGUCAGUGUACAGGAGGGUCUCUGCGUCACGAUUCCUUGUAAAUUCACUGCUGACGGUAAAAGUACAUUCACAGAUCCCUUCGUUUACUGGAAACGUUCUGGUUCAAACUCUGUCGUAGCCACUAAUAAUAAUCCAGAUACUGUGCAAACAAACUUCCGUCUGACGGGAAACCCAGAUUCUGGGGACUGCACCCUGACGUUAUCUAAUACCGCAGAAGGCGAUGCGGGGAAAUAUUACUUUAGAUUUGAAGGCAACAAAGGCAACGGUCCGAGAUUUAGUUAUGAGAAAACACCAACUACUAUCACUGUGACAGGUCUCACAGAAGAACCGGUCAUCUCAGAUAUUGGGACAGUGAUUGCUGGUGUAAAUAAGACAUUGACCUGCGCUCCUCCUGGGAACUGCUCUGCCACAUCCUUACAUUUUCAAUGGGAGAAGAGUAAUGUGGCUGGUAUCUGGAAGAAUUCAUCUACAAUAACAUUUACCCCAUCUACAGAUGAUGACCAGAAAACCAUCACAUGUCAGAUGACUAAUGCCAAGGGAACGACAACUCAAAAAAACAUUCUCCUUCAUGUCUACAGUCCCUUAACCAUUACAAUCACAUGGAACAUUCCUGGAAAGAAAAAAAAUAAACCAGAUCCUAUAAAAGUGGAUGAAGGUUCAUCAAUGACAUUGACCUGCUUAGUGGAAAGUAUCCUACCACUUGAUGUGACUUGGACGGAUAAUAAGAACAACAUUCUUCAGCGUGGAACUGGAAAGGAGUUAGAGCUAAAACUAGAAAACAUCAUGAUGACCCAGGCCGGUAUCUACACUUGCACAGCCAAGAAUGAAUAUGAGAAAAAAAGUGCAAAUAUCAACAUAACUGUACAAUACUCACCUAGAAAUAUGAAAAUCACCAUUAUGUCAUCCAAAGGUGGAGAACGUCCAUCUAGUCAACCAGUGGUUAUUGAUCCAACCGAGACGCUGGCCCUUGUCUGCAAUGUUGAUGCUAACCCAAAUGCUACUGUGGUCUGGGUAAAGGGGGAAGUAGAUAUGCAAUCACCCAAAACGAAUAACAGUGGAUCAUCAGCAAUGAUAAACGUGACAUUAUCAACCUCUGACGUCUACAGAUGCCUGGCGUGGAAUGCAAUUGGGUUGAUAGAACGACGGAUUCAAGUUGGAGAAAAACCUGCUGAUUUGGGGACAGUAACUGAACCAACAACCCUUGGUUCAGUUUUAUACCGAGAUGUAGCGAUUGCCUUCAUAUGUGGAAUGAGUAUUGUUUUGUUAAUCCUUCUGCUGUACAAAUUAAUUCAAAGGAAAACAAUAACCAAUAAGAAGACCUAUCUGAGAACAGAAGAACCGUCUACCAGUGCAGAACCACCGACAGAUGAGAUAUACAUGAAUGUCAGCAAACCUGAACAGAAAGCUGAGGAGGCCAAAGACAACGAUAUGGACUCAAGUGAGGUCACAUCGGAUCAGGAAGACCUGCACUAUUCCACGCUCGCUUUUACUGCUAAACCCAUCAAAGUGGCUUCAAGUCAGCCCGAAACAGAAUACGCUGAAAUACAAGUGAAAUAGACUGAACGGAGGAGGAGGAGGAGGCUGUUUAAUCCCAUUAUGUUCAGUGGAUUCUGUAUAAUUAUUUAAACUGAUACAUGAUUACAAUCAGCAGAUGCAGCA